ACGUGUGUUCCUCGUGUAUGAAAGUACUAUAUUUAAGAUCGAUUUUAUACCUGAUUACAAGCAUCUUUCCCGCUUUUGAGUUACUUAUUUCUCAAACCAGCGCAAAAUGGAUACAAACCUGAUAUUAAAUAAAAGAAACCUAGAGCUGGGCAGGCCAUGGUUGCCGUGGAGCUCUCGGGACGCUUCUGGAAGAUUCAUCUAGCGCAUAAAUGUGUUUUGAUGAAGUUGUAAACUUCAGAUCAGGCUAGAUGCUUAAAGCCUUCACUCCCUAAAAGUUAAGUGUAAACAGGAAACCAGGAUUCCUUGUUAUGCAUUAGUUGAAUGGUCUCAAAGAUCAGAGUUUUCAUUCCUACUAGAUAGUUCCAGGGGGAAAAAAAAAACAACUUUUGAGUCUGGAACAGACUUAAACAACGAAGUGAACCUAAGGAAAUCCUUUGGACCGUACGUGUAUGUUUGAACCAAAUGCCAGAUGAUUUUGUGUAACUGAAACUGGUCAUUGAACUGUUCGUGUGUGUCCAGGGGCUUUUUGUUUCCCUUGCGAAAGAGUUCCUUUGUAUCUUUCUUCCCUCCCUCCUUAAAUCACACUAUUUGUUUCCCCUGAAAGGAUCUGAGGGCUGGUUUACCAGUUUUGUUGGUGCAGAAUCGCAUAAGUUUCCAAGGCUAUUCCUUGUGUUUUGAGAUCAAAGGACACUUACUUAAUUGACCUUUUUGUUCUACAGGCUGCAGAGCAAGGUGAAAAAAUUUGCUUUGCACCAGUACUGCUCACAAAAGGGCUUCCAAGCAUGCUUUGCUCAAUGAGGUGGUCUUCCAUAUUUUGCAAAAAUGCUGUGCACAGACAGUGAAAUUUAAUGUUGAUAAAAAUCUAACAGUUUGUACAGUAUCCACUUGCUUUAGACUUCUGACAAUUUCUUGUGAUAGACAGGUUGCUGUAGGAAGUAUGCUCAAAGCUUAUACAGUGCCCUUCUGUGUACUGAGCUCUCCAAAUUCUUUAAUACAACCUAUCAAAAAACAACCCUCAUUAUCCCCAAGAUGCAAUAUGUAAACUAAUUAUUUACUUAAUUAUUACUUUUUUUUUUCCCCGGAAGAAGAAAAAUCAUGACUAGCUGUAGGUAAAGGUCAAUGGUCAGAAAUGGGAAAACAGAAACAUGGUCCUGUUUCCUGCUUUACCUCUGCUUGGCGUGCUGCAGUUAGGCUUGCUGUGGUGCUGCCAGGGAUGUAAUCCUCUUGCUGAGACGGGUCGAAGUAAACUACAAAAUCAAAGAGCUGUUCUAAACCAGCAGAUCUUAAAAGCAGUGAGACUGAGAGCUGGUGCUGAAAAUCUUUUACGAGCUACCACCAACAACAAAGUACGAGAACAGGUACUACUGGAACUGAGUUUUGUAAACUCAGACCUGCAGAUCUUAAAGGAAGAAUUAGAAGGACUUAAUAUCUCAGUAGAGGUUUAUCAAAAUACAGAAGAGACUUUCAGCAUUCCCUUGGUACCUCUUGGCCUGAAGGAAACCAAAGAAGUAGACUUUAUGCUCCCUCUCAAGGACUUUAUUCUGGAACAUUAUAGUGAAGACAGUUCUGAGUACGAAGAUGAAAUAGCAGAUCUCAUGGAUCUGAGACAAGCCUGCCGUACCCCCAGCCGAGAUGAAGCUGGUAUUGAGAUGCUGAUCAGCUAUUUUCUUCAACUUGGUUAUGUAGAAAACAGAUUUUUUCCACCCACCAGGCACAUGGGGAUUUUAUUUACCUGGUACGAUUCCUUCACAGGUGUCCCAGUGUGCCAGCAAAAUCUGUUGCUUGAAAAAGCAAGCAUUUUAUUUAAUAUUGGAGCCCUCUAUACCCAGAUUGGUACAAGAUGCAAUCGUCAGACCCAGACUGGACUUGAAAAUGCAGUUGAUGCUUUUCAGAGAGCUGCAGGAGUCCUGAGCUACUUAAAGGAGACCUUUACUCACACACCAAGUUAUGACAUGAGCCCAGCUAUGCUGAAUGUAUUAAUCAAAAUGAUGCUUGCUCAAGCUCAAGAGUGUGUCUUUGAGCAGAUCAGCCUACCUGGAAUACGCAAUGAGUUUUUCACACUAGUGAAAAUGACGCAGGAAGCUGCAAAGGUGGGAGAGGUUUACAUGCUGGUCAACACUGCAAUGAAUCAGGAACCAGUCAAGGAGAAUAUCCCUUAUUCCUGGUCUAAACUGGCACAAAUAAAAUCAGACCAUUACAAAGCUCUAGCGCAUUACUUCAUUGCCACCAUCCUGUGUGACCAUGAGUUACAGUCCAGUGAUGAUGAAGAUCAGCAGGAGAAAGCCAUGUCCCAGUUGUAUGACUAUGUGCCAGAAGGACUGAAGAUUCUCACCGUUUUAAAGGACAAAGUUCAGAGAAAACAACUAGGGAAAGCACAUUUACGCAAAGCAAUUGUUUACCAUGAAGAAGCUCUAAGAGUCUGUGGUCUGUGCAAAAAGCUUCGAAACAUCGAUGUUCUUCAAGAGGUCCUGACAGCUGCACACAAGCGCUCACUUCUCAAAUAUGCUCAGCAGGACAAGGAAGAUGACUUCCUCAGCCUAAUCCAAGCUCCGGAUAUCCUUCCUGAAACGGAACAUAAUGUAGAAACAGUUGCUCCUCAGUUUUCCAAGGUGAAAGUUAAAGACUUCUUUCACAGGCUGGGCCCACUGUCAGUGUUUUCAGCCAAGCAGAGAUGGACGGCGCCACGUACCAUUCGCUUCUGCUGUGAAGCAGGAGAGCUAGGGUUCAGUCUUAAAGGAGGCUCGCCAGUACAGACUUACUGUCUUGAUCCAGUUUGUUCUGCAGCAGUGAUGGGCCUAAAAGAAGGUGACUACAUUGUUUCAGUUGGUGGUGUGGAUUGCAAAUGGCUUGGAGUGAAUGAAGUGCUGGAAAAAUUCAAAAGCAUGGGAGAGGAGCCCAUUGAGAUCGAGGUUAUCAGUUGCCAGGAUACAACAGCUUCUAUGCAUAGUAAGAGUGCAACUUAUUCUGUGGGAAUGCAGAAGACAUACUCCCUAAUCUGUUUAGCCAUGGAAGAAGAUAAGAUUGAUCAGACCAAGAAAGUCCCACCAAAACUGCCUUUUCUAAGUUGGGGAACUAAGAAUAGACAGAAAGCUGCAAGUACCCUCUGCCUUCCUUCAGCUGUGGCUGGAAGUUCUCAGAUUAAGAAAAAGCUUUCUCCCUUCACACUCCUGAGUACAGAAAGUUCAUUGUACUGAAUCUUUUGGAAGGAUUUGUUUAACAUGAAGGUGUUCUUAAAUGUAUAUAAAAUAUAUUGAUGUCAUCUUUGUAUACACAUUUGUAAAUUCAGGCAAAUUUUGACUUCGUUUACUGUGUAUUUGAACCACUAUAAAGGUCAGAGGCUGCCAAAACUUGCAAAACAUUUGAAGUUUGAAGAUCCAAACAAAGUGGUUUGGGGAGGUAUUGAAUAGUCAUUUGUAGAUGAUAAAAUUACUUACAUGGGGACUGGAUUCCUUUGGAAUUUCAAUAUUCUAUCAUAACUUUUAUGGCUAUUAUAGAUGGGAGUUAUUUAUUACAAACUUUGCUGCAUGCAGAGUAGAGGACCCUUUGAAAGAUGAUUCUACUGUAAAAGUUUAGCAUUCAUAAUAAAUCACUUAAAACUACUUUAAACAAUUAUCUUAAGGAGAAACAGCACUGGAGAGAAGAUGUUAUUUGGAGAAAUUAGCCUUGUGCCAAGGGGAGCGUAAUGCAUCUGGUUUUAUGCAUAGACAUUCUCUUUCUGAGAUUACUAAGUGGAUUCUGUUAAAUAAUUGUUAAUUUCACUCUGGAAAAAGAAUUAGAAAGCUUAAAAGUCAAAAGAGCUUUUACAUUACCAAAGGCUUUCUCUCUGCUCUUUCUGAUCUAGGUUACAUUUUUAAUGCCUGUUUAUUCUGUUAUUAAAAACAGGCUUCAUUCUAAACUUGAAAUUAUUUAACCUACUUAAUGCAGAAUUUGUAUGUCAUUAGUCCGGAUAAAAUUGAUAGUAUAGAACAAAUCUCAAAACUGAAGUAUUCCUGUUCUGAAGUAUUAAUUAUGAAGUACAUAAGCUGCGGUGAUACUUUCAACACAUGAGGAAAAAUGUGCCUGCAAGUCUAAGUCAUAGAGUAUUUAUUAUAGGGCCAAGUACAAACCUUAAAAGACACAAAAUCCUCCCCUUGGAAUAAUUUGAGGGAUUAUUGGCUACAUCUAUUAAAAAGAAGAGGCAUCAAAGGGAUGUUCAUACCAUUACUCCUUUUUUUGAGAUUCUUCUAUUUUCUGAUUAAUUGAAAAUUGCUAACACUGUAGUGUUAGUUAAAUAUGCUAUCUACAGAGUAGAUAUAUGCUGUUUGAUACUCAAAACUUACUUAAAAUAAUGGGAAAGUUUGUGCCUGGAUAUAAACUUUUAAGUUGCCAUUUAUUUUUAGUUUCUUAUAUAACAGGUGUAUAUGUGUUAAUGAAUUACACUUAUUUAAGAAUAAAAAUCAGAUGCUGCCAUUUAGUAGUGGCUUCUUGAAUCUGCUUCAGCUUGGAUGAUACAGUAUAGUUUACACAUUCUCACUAUUUUACUGUUGGCAAACCUUUUAAAUAUCCAUUGUGUGUUUCUGAAGUCUUCCUCAUAAAGACCUAAAGAAACUGUCUUACUUGCAAGUUUAUAUUGUGUAAUACAGGAAUUUAUACUACAAAAUCAGCAUCUUACAAGGAGUGUUAACAUGUUUCUAGAGUAUCCUUGUAUGUUACCCAAAAACCCAAGCAGCAGUCAAAUAGUCACUAUGCAGCUAAUAAUGAAAUUUUUAGCAAAGUUACAUGAAACUCCUUCCAACUCUUCAUUUCUCUUAGCCUACAAGGACACUUUUCCUGCAACUAGCUUCCCCCUUAUGGUUCUAGCUGCAUGGUUAGCUGCCUUUCCAUUCUCCUCACUAUCACGAGUCACUGAGGAAGGGUUUGGGCAGGGGGUAUCCAUUUUUUCAAGUCAGUUUGGACUUUUUAAAUACUAUAUAAAUACAUACAAACUUACUAUUUUCUGUGAACUUAUUGAAGACUCAUUGUACAAUGAAUGUUAGCUUAAAAUAAAUAAUCAAGAUUUGGCACAAGUACUAAUGUAAUAGCAAGUUACACCGCUGAAAAGUUUGCUGAAGGCCCAGAUAUUUGCAGCAACUUUCUAUCUACAGGGAAUGUCUUAGGGCUGCUAUAAAACCCUGAAAAACAUAGGUUUUUAAAAUAGAUUAGUAGUUCAGCCUAUAAAGUUUAAUUAAACUAGUACCAAUGAAUUUAUGUACUAAAAAGAUGGCCAUUUUUAAGUAGUAUGAAGAUGUUUGCAUUGCAGCCUUAAGAAAUAGCCACAUACCUUUUCAAUGUGAAAUCCAGUCUCCAUAGCAAAAAUGUCAUUGACAGAAAUGGAGGGAGGGGGGACACUAAAGCAGGAAACAGAUUUAUAUGAAGCUAAUCAUUCCCUGUAGUAAGAUAAUAGUACCUUGAGCUGUAGUUCUGAAGACUCCAAUGUUUACAAUUUAAUAAGUUAAAUAUUUAAGGCCAAAUUGUAAGUAUAUUUUCAGCCCAAGCAACGAAUCAGUAUAAGUAACAUUUGUUAUCUGCACUAAGCAGUAGAUUAGGUUGUUACAGAGGUGCCAAAACUCCUCUAUUCUGUUUCUUCUUUUCUCUGGAUUACAAAAGAGAAUUAAAAACCCUGCUCAACUGCUUUCCUGCUGUACUGUGAGCUAAAAUCCAAGUAGUACAUCAGGGCAUUUUAGACUGCCUUCUAAAUGGGUAUAAGGCAAAAGACAAUUUUACCCUUACUAAAUAGGAUAAAAACAUCAUUUAAAAUAAUGUGCAAGAUGUCAGGAAAACACACCAAUCAUUUGCUCUCCAGAUAACUCUUGAAAAGAUUAAUACAGGAAGAACAUUAUGAAUUUUUAUGAAAACUUGCCAAAUUAUUUCAUGUAUGAUUAUAAUUAUCCCAACUUAUAUUAAAAAGAGACUGAAACAGGAAUUAACCAGUAUUUUGGCUACUAGACAAAAAGGAAUAAAUUUGCUAACACCCUGUGAAUUGAAAAAGGAACCAAAGAAACAAGUUAGUGUAAAGUCAAAGACAUAUUCAAGCCAGCACUUUCCAAAGGACCUCCAAAAGUAAUAAACCAAAGGUACUCUAAAACAUUUUAUGAAUGAAGUUAUUGCAUUGGGCAAUGAAGUUUAGAAAGCCCCUCCUCACAACAAAGAAGACAUUUAGAAAUAAAUACAGCUUAAACAGAGCUGAUAGAACUCUGUCAGCAAGUAUUAUGUUAGCUUUCCAGUCACGUAACAUGAAGU